ACGUCAUUAAAAAUGAAGAACAAUUUUGUAAACCAUCAAAAUGGUGUUUAUUAUAUAGUAUUAAUGUCGUAAAAAUGUUUACCAAAGCAAAAACUAUUAUUAAGCUAAUAAUAUAGAACUGUCUAGAUAACGGCUGGAGUGAGAGUCUCCCACCCUCUGACCUUCUGUAAAAAGAAAACUGAAAACAAAACGCUGUUUUAUUUUUUGUACAUUUAACAAGUGACACUAAAGUUAAAAAAUAAAUAAAUAAGGACAAAAAGUUACUCUCUUUGAUCCAGUCGUUUGUGCCCAUGCAGUCUGCUCCUGAUGUUUCCUCUGUUGUGGAAUAAAGCGUAUGAUUGACAGCUGAGGUCACGUGACCGGCGCAUGGGCGCUUUUGUUUCAGUGGAGAGCUCGAGAACACAGCCAGGGUUAAAGUUUUUAUUCUGAAGUCACUCAGUGUGUUAUUUAGAGCUGAGAGUGAGAGCAUGCGGGAGGAGAGAGAGGAGGAGGAGAAAGAGAGAGGCUCCAGACUCAGAGACACACAGCAGUAGCUGUGUGACCAUGAUGAUGAUGAUGAUGAUGGUGGUGGUGGUGAGCUCUGAGAGCUGGAGAGAUCAGCUCCAACCCGGCAGCUCUGAACUGGACUGGUGUGAAGGAAAUUAUCUCAUCCACCCCAACAUCGCUGAGUUCUACAACACGAUCAGCAAUGUGCUGUUUUUCGUCCUGCCUCCUCUCCUGAUGCACUUAUUCCGUCAGUAUGCAGCAUGUUAUAACAGUGGGAUUUAUGUCAUAUGGUUCCUGCUCAUGGUUGUUGGCGCGGCCUCGGCGUAUUUUCACGCUACACUCAGUUUUAUUGGGCAGAUGUUGGAUGAACUGGCGAUCCUCUGGGUGCUGAUGUGCGCUUUAGCCAUGUGGUUCCCUAAAAGACUCCUGCCCAGAAUGUUCCAGAGAAACAGGUGUGGCUUUAAGCUGCUGGUGGUUCUGCUGUCGGUCGUCUCCACGUGUUUGGCCUUCGUGAAGCCGAAGCUGAACUCGGUGUGUCUCAUGAUUCUGGGGUUCCCCUGUACGGUUCUGCUCAUCACCGAACUCCACAGGUGUGAGAACCAGCGUGUGUAUAAACUAGGUUUAAUCUCGGCUGUGUGGUGGACUCUCGCUCUUCUGUGCUGGAUCAGUGACAGGAUCUUCUGUGAAAUCUGGUCCAACAUGAACUUCCCCUACUUACACUGUGUUUGGCACAUUCUCAUCUGUGUGGCCUCGUACCUGGGCUGUGUGUGUUUUGCGUAUUUCGAUGCUGUAAGCGAGGUUCCAGAGCGAGAACCGGUGCUUCGGUUCUGGCCCAGCGAGCGUUGGGCUUUCAUCGGUGUUCCUUACAUCACUCUUCUGAACACACACCGAAAAUCCUGUAACAAAACGUCAUAAAGUCUCAGGAAGAGCGUUUACACGGAGGAGGGUGAAGGUGUGAAAGGGCAGUGACACAGUGACGUGGAGAAAGAAGUCAUCAGACAUAAAAAUGACGCAGGAUGAUGUGAGAUGAUGUGAGAUGAUGUGAGGUGAUGUGAGAUGAUGUGAGAUGUGAGAUGAAGUGAGAUGAUGUGAGAUGAUGUGAGAUGAUGUGAGAU